CUCACCGCCCACCACGUGACCACAACAGCUGAGCGUGUAAACAAAGCCUGAAGAGGAGGCAGAGUUUCACGCCUCCAUUGGCUUCCUCGUCAUGUUUGACAGCGCAGCAGAGAGUGGGGAUUCGGAAGAUGAAUGGUUCUUUCAGUCCAUUCGGAGAUAUGAAGACCUCCUGAUGUAUGAUGUUCAAGGAGUUAUCUCUUGUGCUGUUUUCCGUAAUGAUAGCAGACUUCUCCUGGCUUCCUCCAGAGAACAUGCCCAUGAAGUGUGGGAGCUGAGUGUCCCAGAAAAGCUGACAGCGGGUCCUGAUGCCGGCCUCACGAAAGAUAGAGACUUCAGUCUGAUUACUGCUGCUUACACUCCAAACCGGACGAAGGAGAUGUUGGUUAUGAAUUCAAAAGUUGUCUUAUCUGGCCCGAAGGGAGUGUGUAUAUACAAUAUCCCAAGUUCCAGUGACCCAACAGUCCAGUCAGCCACAGAUAUGACAAACUCACGAACUUCAACUUCACACAAACAGGUGUCUUUGCUGACUUCCAGCCAGAUAAACCGUAAUGCUUUGAGUAUUAGCAGUAUAGUAUAUCGAUCUGGCAAACUAUACGUAGGCCUGAGUGAAAAGGGGAUAACCUAUGUGUAUGAACUCGGAACAGGGAAGGUGAUUCAGGAAAUCACAGCUCCUGAUACUUCAUCUGGAUUUUGGAAAGUUGAUAUUAGCCAUGAUGAAAAGUUUGUUGCUUUUGCAAAUUCUAAUGGCAGAGUGAAUGUUUAUGAUACUAGAAAAUUAAGUGAAGCAGUGUUUGAUAAGAAGAAGGAAGUGCAAGAUCAUACUAUAAGUAAUCAUCAAAUACAAUUCAGUCCAUCAGGGAACUUACUGUCAUUAUCAGGCUACAGUAAACUUGUUGAAGUGUUUGAUGUAUCUGAAAACAGUGAUGGGGCAGAAGUAUUCUGUCAUGACGGACAUCGUGGCGAACAAAUAAGCACUAUACUCACUCACCUUUGGCAUCCAUCUCAAAGCAAGCUUGUCUUUUCGGCUGAUGAUAUGGGAACAUUACAAGCUUGGCGCUUUAAGUGA